AUCAAAUCACUUUUCCUAGCUAGUCUACAUUAUGCUUGUCUUGUCUUGUCCUUCCCCGAAGACAUGAAGUAAAACGAAAGAAAAGAAAACGACGAACUAUGAUUAAGUUCUCUUAUAAUAAGUGUUAAUUUUUAGAGUGAUUUUUUGAAGUGGAUCAAUUUAAGGAAUAGAACAUUUUAAACACAUUUAUCAGCAUGUCGCAAAGGGAUCCAGGCCCAAUUCCCAAUAGGUGGCUUAGGUGUCCACGAAAGUCUACAGGCCUGAUUGCGGACAAGUUCUUGGCUUUCAAGACACCUUUAGGGCGUCAAUUCAAUGAUAAAGUACCUGAAGAAAAUCGAUUCACUCCUUCCAUGCUAUUUGUUUACAUGAAAAGUUUGAAGGUGAAGUUGGGGUUAUGGAUCGACCUGACAAAUACUAAUCGUUUUUACGACAAAAAGGAAAUAGAGAAUAUGGAUUGUAGAUACAUCAAGCUUCAAUGCAGAGGACACGGGGAAACCCCUACAUUAGAACAAACAAGGUUAUUCAUAGAUCUGGUAUCCAAAUUUAUAGCUCAGAACCCAUUGGAGGUUGUAGGGGUCCACUGCACACACGGGUUCAAUAGGACAGGGUUCCUGUUGGUGUCCUAUAUGGUGGAGCAGCUGGACUGCAGUGUUGAGGCUGCUGUUAAUGAAUUUGCGAGGAUGAGACCGCCUGGUAUUUACAAACAGGAUUACUUGCAAGAGUUGUACAAACGUUACGACGACCCGGAGUACACCCCAGCAGCUCCAAUGAGGCCUGAUUGGUGUAAUGAUGAGGAAGAAAUCGACUAUGACGAUGACGAAGCACCCAGUAAUUCUCAGACCCAAUCUCAGACUGAAACUAGUAAAGAUAAUUCUAAUAAUUCUAACCACAAACGUAAAGGGAGACGCGAGACGACACACAAGAAAGCAGUAUUUAUGCCAGGAAUAAAAGGUGUCGACCCGUUCGACACACAGCCCCGACUUGCUCAGGUGCAAAGGAAAGCGCAAGAGUUCUGCGAGUGGAAGACCACCGGCUUCCCGGGAUCUCAGCCUGUCUCCAUGGACAUCAUGAACCUGAAGAAGCUGCACGAGAAACCCUACAGGGUCUCGUGGAAAGCUGACGGUGUGAGAUACAUGAUGCUCAUAGACAGUGAAAACGAAGUGUACAUGUUAGACAGAGACAACUGCGUGUUCAAAGUGAGAGGCCUCAGAUUCGUGCACAGAAAAGAUUUGAGAAGGCACCUCACUAACACUCUACUUGACGGCGAGCUGGUAAUAGACAAGGUGAACGGUAGAGACACACCUCGGUACUUAUGCUACGAUGUGAUAAGGUUUGAGAAUCAGGAUGUUGGCAAGUUGGCAUUCUAUCCCGACCGGCUGGCGUGUAUAGAGAACGAGAUUGUCAAUCCCAGACAUAAAGCAAUAAAGCAAGGUUUCAUAAACAAGGAGAGUGAGCCGUUUAGUGUACAUCAAAAACAAUUCUGGGAGGUAACGAUGGCGCAACGGCUUUUGGGAGAAAAAUUCACCAAGACUUUGUGCCAUGAGCCUGACGGACUCAUAUUUCAACCCUCUAAAGAGCCAUACAUGGCCGGCGCCUGCCCCGACGUGUUAAAAUGGAAGCCGAGCCACAUGAACAGUGUUGAUUUCAAAUUGAAAAUCGUUACUGAGAGUGGAGAAGGAAUGCUACCUACCAAAAUUGGUCAACUCUUCGUAGGUCAAUCGGACCAUCCAUUCGCUUGCAUGCGUGUAACUAAAGACAUUAAGAACCUUAACAAUAAGAUUAUAGAGUGCAAAUUCGAAAACAAUCAGUGGGUCUUUAUGAGGGAAAGGACGGACAAGUCAUAUCCUAACAGUUAUAAUACUGCUAAAGCUGUAUGUGAAAGCAUACAAGUGCCGGUGACUAGCGAACGCCUCCUUGAUUUCAUCGAGCACAAUCGAUUCCCAGAAGACUCGGAAAUGAUGCCGCCGCCGAAACGUCCGCGGAUGUAAAUAGUUAAAUGAAAUUGUAAUAUUUGUAAUGACAUACAAUAAAUGAUGG